GCAGCUCUUCGCCCCGGCACGGUGUCGUCUGAGGAGUCAGGACUCUGGCAGGCCGCUUCACACUCACGGUUCACCAUGUUUUAUUACUUUCGUAGUUUUGUUUACAUAUCUUGACUGUUGAUGCCUAUAAGCCUAUAAAGGAAAUUGCCUGCAAAAUCCUAGCGCCGGCCGCUGCGACCGAUCGCCAGUUGCCACACACGACUACAAAGUAGUGAGUUCAGGACUGCUGGUGCUGACUACAACUGCCUACGGGUAUCUGGGACUGAAGGCUGAGGAGUAUUGAACAUUAAUGCAUUAUUACAACUAUCAAUAUAGAAGUAUCUGCAUCUGCGCAUUAAUGGGCCCUCAACUUAUGCCACAAAGCAUAACGCAUUAACACCCAUAAGGAUAAGAACCUAUGGUUUACACUUCAUAGACGAGUACAUAGCCUUAAGUCUUUUUACUUGUCCCUCUCACUAGUCAGUCGUCUCAUUACCUGUCGGGUAAAUUUGAGUACCUACCUAUAACAAUUUUGUUAUAUCAACUUCCUAGUUAUCUCCAUAAACGACGUUGUUAAGUACAAUACACACUGAAAUACGACGCUAUUAUCAUCAUGGAGGAUAAUGAAGCUGAUAGACAAAUAAGGCUUGCGAGAAUAUUGUUGAAUCUUGGUCAUUCAUAUCUGCAUACUGUUGAUAUAGAAAGUUCAGAAGAAGAAAGUGAAGAAAGUGAAGAAAGUGAAUCUGGGCAAACCGAAAGUGAAGAAACUGAAGGUGAGGAAAAAGAAGUGAAAACUAAAUUUAAAGCAAGUAAACAACAAAACAUAGAGGAAGAGGAAGACCAAUUUGAUAAACAACAUCAUGAAAAAGUAAUGAAACAACAGGAAUUAGAGAAAAAAACAAAUCUAGAAGAUAUACCACAACAAUUCUAUAGAGAUGUACAACAAAAAUCUUACAAUAAUUUACCUGUUGAAGCUGACACUGAAAAAGAAGUUGCAAAUAAAUCUAAUGAUAAAAAGCAUAAGUUAAAUAUUGACUUACCAAAAGAAUUCAAUAACACAAUACAACAAAAGUUAGAAUGUGGAGUAGAAUUAAUUGGUGAAGUGCAAGAUGAGUUUAGGAAAAAACAGGAAAAGCUCCACACAGAUGACCAACCAAAAAUUGAUAUAGAUAAGGAACAUGAAUGUAACAAAGAACUAAUUAAAGAUUCUGAAAAUGAAAUACAAAUGCAGUUACUGAUUGAAGCCCCACCAAUGCCUGGUGUAGAUGUGGAUUUAUACUUAAAAGUGCAAGUUGAUUCAGGGUGUCAACUUGAUUUAAAAAAGGAAGAAGUGCUUGGAGAAAAACAAAAAAAUGUUGAUAAAAAACAUCAAGAAGCAGUUGACAAAAAUAUAGAGCACACGGAUCACAAAGAUAGACAAGCAGUAAAUAAAAAUUUACAGAUUAAAUUUGAUGAAGUAAACAUAUCACAAGACAUUGAAGAAGAUAUUCAAGAUAAAUUAAACAAAGGAUCAAAUCUAAAUUUGGAAGAAGAAAACACGCGACCAGAAUUAAAUGAAAAUUUACAAGAACAAUAUGAUAAUGAAGUACAACAUGAUGUUAAAGAAUUACAGCAAGAAGAUUAUGAAGAAACUAUGGAUACAAAUCAUAAAAGAAUACUACAAGAAAUUGAAUCACUUAUAUGUGAUUUUCAAAAUAGAAAAAACAAAGAAGAAGAAUGUGACGAAUUAACAGCAAUAAGAAUUGCAAAAAUAACAAAGGAAAUUGAAGAAUUAGAGAUAGACAUGGAACAAGAGCGUGAUGAAGAAUUAGAAAGAGAAUAUAAUGAUGAAUUUAAACGUAUGUUUUCAUCAGUAAUCAAAGAAAAACUCUUAGAAAAACUACUUCUCUCAUUUAAUGAUGAUGAUGCACCAUAUUAUAAAAGGAUUGAAAAUUUGCUUAGCCAUUAUUUUCCAACUAAAUUAGAUACAAUUAAUGAUAAAAUAUUGAUUGAUCCUGUUCAACCUCACGAAAAUCUUAAAGAAAGGUCUGAUGUAAGCAAUGGUGCAUUUGAAGAAAUACAAGAAGAAUCCGAUAAAAAAAGUGAAGAAGUAGAAAAAGGGUCUUGUGAUGAAAUCUACUAUUUUGAAGAAGUACCAGAAGAAUCUAAUAUUGAAAUGGGAGAAUUGGAGGAUGAAGUACUACAAGCCGUGUCUGACAUAGAAAAUGAAGAUGAAACUCAAGAAGAGUCUGAUGUAGAUGUUGAAGGGUUAUCAAAUCCUGACGAUGAAGUAACUGGAGGCUUGGAUUGGAACUUACAAAUAGAAUCUGAAAUAAAUGCAGACGAAUCUGAUGGACAGUCAUUACAAGAAAGCGAUGAAGAAAUAGAAGAAUUAAACGAUGAUGUAAACAUUGUAACCGAAAUAGUUUAUGAUUAUGAAGUUGAAGAAGAAGCAGAAACUAGUUCAAUAGAAAGACUUAGUCCAAUUGAAGAACUUAGUCCAAUUGAAGAAUCUGCUGCUACAGAUGAUGAAUUUAAUUCUACAGAAAUAGAACAGCGUAAUGAAGAAAUACAACAGAAGAUUGAUAAAGAAGGACAAGUAAAAUCUAUUGGUAGUAUACAUGAAUUACAAGGAGAUGUAAAAAAAAAAAGUGAUAAUGAUAAACCUCAGAAAUUUGAAGAUUUACAACUACAAAUGGAAAUAGAAAAUAUACAAGAUUUAGAUGAAAUACCAUUAAAACUGAAAAUUCAACAAGAAGAAUUAGAAGAAAAAUUACAUCAACAAAUGAAAACAAUUCAAGAAGAGUUCUAUAAAAAUUCAAAACUAGAGUAUGACAAAGAACAACAGUUAAAAGGUAAUACAUUAAUUGACCCUAUUUAUGAUAAAGAGCAAAAAUUGUUUUAUAAAAUUAAAGGCAAUUUUCUAAAAACAACUGACAAAUAUAAAGAUUUAGCACAACAAAAAAUGAUAGAAGCAUUACAACAAAAAGUUGAUGAAAAACAGUUACUAGAAAUGAAAGAAUUUCCAGAAGAGUUUGUUGAACCAAAUAUAGAAAUAGAAGAUCUACAUAAGGAAGUUCUGCAAUUACAACGUGAAUGUGCUGAAUUAGAACCAGAAUUUAGCUAUAAUAUACCAUUAGUUGUUGAUGAAAAACCUAAAGAUAAGACUAAAAAAGUCAAGUAUAAUUUAUAUGAUAAAUUACAUGAAAUACACAAAAAAAAAUUAUGUUUUUUUGCUGAUUCUAAAGAGUGGCCCGAAAAAUAUUUAUACCCAUCAUGUUUGCUGGAUGAAUUAUUUGAUGAUCCUUCAGAAGUUAAUCCUAAUGUGUUUGUGAUCACAUUAUACUCUGUUGAUAUUGGUUAUUCAAUUAAAAUAACCAUGAAUAAGAAUAAACCACCAAUUGAAACUUUUUAUAGCUAUACCGAUGAUUCAAUUUUAGAUUUUGUAGAAAGAGAACAACUUCCACCAUGUUUAUUAGAUUCGUUUGGUAAAGCUCGACCAAGGAUAUUUUAUAAUGGACGUGUUAUAGCAGAAAUUCAUAAUAAAUAUCAUGGGGAAGAUUUAACGAGAGUAUAUCGAAUUUUAUUGCAUCCUCAUAAUUUGUCCAUUCAGAGUGAUGUAGAUCGAAUAAUUGCUAAAUGUAGUCCUACCUACUGUUCAUAUGAACAAAGACUAUUUAUUGAGAGGCAAUUGGUAAGACGAAAUUUUCCCGUCAUGUGCAUCGAUUCGUCGCCUGUUGCUGGUUUAACUGUUCAGUUACAACAUCAAUUGUUCAGUCGUCGAACCAUAACACUAAACCCUCUAAAAGUAAAAAAAAAUGAUUCUUCCGAUUUUGAAAUGUAUUUGUCAAAAAAAUUACAAGAAGACAAAUUAAAUGAAUCACAAAAUGAAUCUUCAAAAUUGAUGAAAGAUACUGCAAGUGACAAUACGAUUCAUCAUCUUUUAUGGAAGUUUGAAUUCCGUAUCCAUACAUUUAAAAUUAUCAAAUUAUACGUGUUUGUCAUAACAGAAACUCUAGAGUAUUCUAUGUUAUUAUGUAUGAAUUCAAUUGUCCCACGUUCUAAGAAGAUGAGGUUUAAAAUAAAUCUUGAAACAAAUAAAUUAAAAGCCUACAUUGAUGUGAUAUUAGAAUUUCUUAAAAAAAACGUUAAUCCUGACACGUUAGUGGUUCGAAGAUAUAAAAGUGAUGAUAAAUCAGUACCUCAGUCUACUACAUGUGUUCCAUCAUUGUUGAAUGACAAUGUUUAUGAACCUAGUUCAACAGAUAUUUGUAAGUUUCUAGAUGAGUUGUUAGAAUUUAUACCUAAAAUUGAACCUGAAGAGACUGAUGUAACAAAAAGAUGUUUAUAUUAUAGGGCAAGUGAAAAGGUGAAAUCAAAGAAGAAAGACAUUAAUUUUGGUAGUUCAAAAAGGUUACCAAAGAAUCAAGAAAAUCAUAAGGAUCAAAAAAAGAAGAAACGAGUACAAUUAAAAAAGUUAAUCCCUCAUAAAGUUGAAUCAUUGUCAACAAACAAAAUAUCUGUUGAUUCAAAAUCAUUAAAAAGUUCAACAACACCAUUAUAUGUUUCAUUAGGUCUUAAGCAAUUUCCAACAAAAAGUUUAAACCCAGUUAAACCAUCACUGGCUAGAUCAAAAUCAAAUGCUUUACUCGAUGACAGAUCCAUUAAUGUAGUUCACAAAGAAUUAGACUCAAAAUCAGCUAAAGAAAUAUCAUUAUUGUCGAGUCCCAUGACUAUAUUACCAACAGUAUCAAGUCAUAUUACUGUAGUGUCAUUAGAACAGAGUUUUACAGAUGCAGCACUACCGCCAGAAUCAAGCACUGCAACUAUGUCAUUAGCACCUAAAUAUAAAACAAUAUUUUCAUCUGCUGCUUUAAAUACUGAUUAUCGCCUAGCAUCUAAAAAUUUAGAAAGAUUUGAAGACCAUAAUGUGAGCAAAGAUAUUAAAUCUAAACCAGCUAUUCAAUCAAAAACAGAUCAUACUAAAUUUUUGGGAAAAAAUGAUUUUUCACUGAAAACAUCUUAUGAUAAUAUAAACAAUCGACCGCCUUUACAUAACUUUGCAAGAGGACUAAGUUCUUGUGAUGAUAAAACGGAGAAAAAUAUAAAAGUUGUAAAACAUUUACAUCGUAAUGCGGUCUGUCUAAAAGGUCCAGAAUUCAUUAUUAAAAAAGAGGGAUUGUCUGUAGCAGCUAAGUUAACAGAAGGAAGAUUUUCAAAUAAACCUAAUGCUACAUAUUAUCAGGAGACUAAACAACUUAAUGAUGAUUUAACUACAAAUAUAGACAGAUUGUCUAAUUUACAGGUUACAUCACCUAAUCCUGUUAUUACAUUGGUUCCAUCAUCUUUAAACAAGUUCAAUAAUGAAGAUCAGAUGAAUGAUAUUUCAUCUCAAGAAAUUAAUUAUACUUCAUCCUCAAGCACUGAAAAUAUCAAAUCUGUUAAGCGAAAACGAUCUUCAUAAAUACAUGUAUAAUUUAUUUUUAUAACUUUAUAUUUUAUUUCUCAUCUUUUGAAUACAAUAAAGAACUUCAUAAUAUUUUUAUUAGUUAUGCAAUUUAAUGUAUAAUUUAUUAAUUAAUUUUGUUUAAAAUUGACUUUAUUGUUGCGAAUACAUUCUUUAUGAUUAAAAAAAAAUAGUCAUGACUGGUAAUUAUUUUGGCCAUUUCUGGUUAUAAUUUAUGUAACUUUAAUAUUUAUUAAACUUAGUAUAUACCAUUAUAAGAUUUUUUAUAUCAUAAACAAUUUAGUUUUAGACAAUUUGACAUACAUUUAUAUAAAUUAGUUUAUUGCAAACAGGUUUUUUUGUAUGUAGUUACAAGUAGCUUUUUAUUAUGAAUUGUGAUUAUGUAAGCAUUUUUAGUUCAUUUCAAUAUGAAUUAAGUUAAUUGGUAAUGUAACAGUCUUGUUAAGUAUUCGAAUACUUGUAUUUAUUUACUAAUUUGGUAUUUAUAAUACUUCGACUUUUAAAUACAUUUUCUUUGUAUUUUAUUCUAGAAUACUAAAUACUUUUUUUUUCAUUUCACCAUUCUAUAUCAAACAAUACAAUGGUAUUUAUUAAGAGGAUGUAAGCGCACAAUUUGUUUUCUCUCACGUGCAACAUAGACAAAACGCAUUUGCGUAGAAACGUUUUAUCUAUGUUUUUAAGUAAUCUUAGAGUAAAAUCACCUAUUACAAUAAAGAUAGAGAAUAAUAUUUUAGAGGGAAUGACAUAUUGAUUUUAUAUUUUAUUGUUAUUUGACUUUGAAUUCGACUUUCAAAAUAAACAAAAAAAUGUUGUAAAUUUAAAUGAUGUUUAAAUUGUUUUGAAACAAUAUUUAGAGAAAUCGAUAUGUCAAUAUUAUUCUCUAUCUUUUUUAUAAUGAGUGAUUAUACUCUAAGAUUACAAAACACAUUAGCGCAGAAUCGUUUUUUCUAUGUUGCACAUGGGCCAGAGAGAGAAAACAAAUAGUGUGCUGACAUCCUCUAAAUUAUUUAAUUAUAAUAUUUAUAUAUUAAUAUACUACAAAUAAGUACCUACUUAUACGUAUUUGAAAUUUAAAUAACACCAAGUAUAUAAAUACGUAUUCUGAAUACUUUAGAAAAGUAUUCUCAACAAGACUGGAAUGUAAAUAUUUAAAUCAGUGCCAUGUCAAGCAAUUCAGCGCCUCGGGGCAAAAAUGGUUUACGGGGCCACAGGUAGCAUAUUAAGCACACAUAAAGGCGCUCCCUUACUUUUACAAAACAACGGUCCAAGGAGCAAAUGCCCCCUUUGCCCCAGGGCCUAAAAUUAAGAUAUUUUGCUACUGCACACCUAAUUCCACACCAAAAUAUUUUAAAAUAAUGAACAUAGACCUAGUAGUGCACAUGCCACAUAUAACUUUAUUACAUAGUUGUUUUUGCUAUUCAUUAAUAUUUAGUUAUAAUAAAAACAAUCUAAGACAAUCUUUUUUUAAAUUCCUUGAUACCUAUAUGGCUAUUAUGACUUAACAUUUUAAAAUUAAAAACGAAAUAGCUUGGGUUAAUAUACUAAUUAUAUUAUAAGCCGCCCAGAAUAUAGUGUAGUCUGUAUUAUUUUUAGUGUUAUGGAUUUUAAACAAAUACAAUAUGCUAAUUAGUAAUUUUCAAUAAUCAAUAUUGAAUAUUAAAUAAAGAUUUAUAAAAGCCAAAAAUAAGAACUGCACACAAUUUUAGGCCCUGCUUUGCCCCCCUUAACACGGCUCUGAUUUAAAUGUUUUCUGUAUUAGUUUAAUUUAGAAAAAUAUGACAACUUCAAAUUAGAUUAAUUUGUUUUUGAAAGUCUUACGGCUAACCUAUACAAUAUUAAAUUGAAUGUAGUGUAUCGUACAUAUAUUAAAAUUUGUGUAUAAGUUAACAAAAAUAAAAUAAUGAUUUUGUUUUAAUAA